AUGAGAUUUUAUAAUUUGGGCAUCCUAACUGUAGUCUUCCUUGCAAACAUUUCCUACCUUGUUUCCGCUUCCCGAGAUACACCUUUUGUCAAAGGAGUAUAUUUUGAUCGCAUCAUAACAGUCGUAUUAGGAAGUUCUAGUUACGAUGUCUCAAUGCAAGAUUCCUACUUGUCUAGUCUUGCUCAAGAAGGAAUAUCCCUAACCAACUUCCACGCAAUCUGGCACCCCGCGCAACCAAACUAUUUCGCCAUGAUUUGUGCGUCCAAAGGCGGCGUGCUCACGGAUUUUACCGUAGACGUCGACGGUCCUUCUUUACCAAAUCUACUAGAGGCGAGUGGGGUUUCGUGGAAAGCGUACAUCGAAAACUAUCCCGGCAACGAUUUCACAGGAGACAAUACCAAAGAUGAGCUGUAUUAUCGCAAGUACAAUCCUUUUAUAUCCAUGAAUGAAAUCCGUAAUAACCACACACUCGUCUCCAAAAUCGUCAAUGCCGAUGAAUUUGUCGAAGAUAUUGCCAAAGAAUCACUCCCUCAAUAUGUUUUCUACACUCCCAACACCCGAAACAGCGGUCACCUAACUGAUCUCUCUUAUGCGAGCAAUUACCUGAGAACAAAGUUUAUUCCACUCAUUAAACCUGUGUUAACAAACUCUCGAACACUUCUAGUCAUUACCUUUGAUGAGUCAACAUAUUUUGAUCAUUUUAAUCUAAAGAAAUAUAACCAAAUAUACACAGUACUCAUUGGACCAAACGUUUUAACCUCCUACAUACAUGUAGACGAAUUGAGAUAUAAUCACUAUAGCAUUCUGCCCACAAUUCAGCUCAAUUGGAAUUUAACUGAACUGGGUACGGGCGACGACAAGAAGGCGACACCCUUAUCUCCAUAUUUAUUCUUAUGA